AUGUGGGAGCUUUGGAGGAAAACAAAUGCAUUGAAAUAUGAAGGAAAAGGUGUAUCUCUGCAUAGGUUGAUCAUGAAUGUAACCAGACAACUGAGGAUGCUCCUUAAGGUGAGAAAACCAACACUAGAGUUCUCAUUUGAAUGGCUAGUCAUCCUACAGCAGCUUAGUCAAUUAAAGCCUACAAUUAAGGCCAUAUCAGUUCUAUGGGAGCUUCCACAACAAAGAUGGGUUAAAUACAAAACUGAUGGGGUCUCAAAAGGAAAUCCGGGGAGUAGCUCUUGGGAUUUUUGUUUAAGAGACACAAAUGGGGACUUACUACAUGUAGAAGGAGCAGUAAUUAAAGACACAAACAAUAUGGAAGCAGAGGCUAUGGCUAUUUUAAAUGCAGCUAGACAUUGUCAUUCAUCAAAGCAGGAUAAAGUAAUCAUUCAGACUGAUUCUUUGCUAAUGCAAAAACUGUUAAUGAGGGAACGGGGGAUACCAUGGCAAGUAGAAGACAUGAUCAGGCAAAUCUGGAAGCUACUUUCAACCAAGCAAGUGUAG